CUGCGUUUGCUCCCGUGCUCGCGCGUAGCCGUUGCGUGAGCGAUGUCAACACUGAUUGAACUGUCAAUCUAAAUGUCAAAGCGUCAGCAAACAAGCGCAGGUUAGCAAACAAAUUGGACUAGCAUCGUGAAAACAAUAAUCCUACUGCAGUGCAAAGUGAUACUCGUGUAUAUAAAAACGCCCACGAGCAGUUUGCUCCCCAUAUAUCGACAGGGAAGUCAAAUUCCUGCGUCGAUCUGUGUGAUGGCGUCAUCUGAUAUGGAGGACCUGAUCUUCGGGGAAAUCUGCCGAUGUUGUAUGGCAAGCAAGCCCCGCAUGAAGCCACUCUUCGAUACGAACCUGUUCGCCAUGCUGAACGCCAUAACUGGCCUUAAUGUGCACGAAAAUGAUGGGCUUCCGUCCCAGCUUUGCGUGCCGUGUGUGUUACAGAUCCGCCGAUCGCACUACUUCAAGCUACAAUGCGAGAGCACCGACUUAGCUUUACGAAGCUAUGUGGUAGAUACGAAACAGGUCGUAGCGGACGAUUGCCCGACCGCGUUAGAUAUAAGACAGAUAAAGUGCGAAGUCGGUUCCUCAUCAAUGUCUGAACAAACUGCUAACGGCGCCGGGACGGAAUGCACAGUGACCAAUGCCAAUGUAAUGGGACAGCCGAUUAAGUUAUUAUGUCAGCAUUGUAAGAAAGAGUUCGAAUCGGAGAAACAGCUAAGGCGCCACAUGCGAAGACACUUCAUCGAUAAACCACACGUUUGCACCGAGUGCGGCGUAUCAUUCUUGGAGAAGUGUAAUCUAAACAGGCACAUGCUUAAGCACACGGGCGAACUACGGCACAGCAACGCCAAGCCGCACCUGUGCAGCGAAUGUGGUAAAUCAUUCAAGUACGGUACAUCGCUGUCGCGGCACAAGAGAUUCCACGCCCAGCGCAACCUCUUCGACUGUCCGAUCUGCUCGAAAUCGUACGUCGAGCAAAGCUCGCUAGAUGUGCACAUUCGUACGCACACGAACGAGCGACCGUUUUUGUGUUCCGUCUGUAACAAAGGAUUCUCGCAAAAGGCCAACCUCGAACGGCACGAGCGCACCCACACUGGUAACCUUGGUGAAAAACCCUACAGCUGUGAUCUGUGCGGCAAAUGCUUCACGCAGAAGAGCUACCUAUGCGUUCACAAGCGGAUACACAUGGACGAAAAACCGUUCUGCUGUCCGGACUGUACUAUGUGCUUUGUUUCUCGCAAUUCACUAUUGAAACAUCAGCAGAAACCGUGCACAAACAAUCCACAUCGGUGUAACAUAUGUAAAACUACGUUCCGAUUCAAAAGCCGGCUUCGUCUGCACAAGCGAACAGAGCAUUCAAAACCUAGCAUUCAUCGGUGUCCGGCCUGUGAGACCGAUUUUAAGAGCAUCACACAGCUGAAUGCUCACAUAAAGAUGAAACAUCCAGAUCUACCCCUUAUCGGCGAAGGAGAAACGAACGUUGCGAAGAACAGUUCCGUUAAACAAUCAUCUUGGAAUCGGAGAAGAACGACGGAGGACAUCGAUGAAACAUACCUUGACCAAGAAGAGGAGGAUGAAGACGAAGAAGAAGAGGAGGAGGAAGAAGAAGACAUGGAGCUUGAAAAGGGUGAAGAAGAGGAAGAUGACAUCGAAGAGAAUUCGGUUAGCGUUCUGGAAGAUUAUGACGAAGGGGAAGAGGAAACGAAUCCACACGAAGAAUAUCUGGUGGAUACGUUGUCCAACGUUGGUAGUAUAGUUGAACAGGAAAACUAUGAAGAUUUUGUUACAGACUACGCUAUAGUGAAAGAGGAACCCUUGCUGGAAAUUAGAAUCAUGAACCCAAAUGAGGUAAGUUCAGAUAUUGAACAGUGAGAGUGCGGUGAAGAACGUUAAGAAGUGUACAAUUGCAUGCACCUAAUAUAGCUUACCGAGUUUAGUUUUAAGCUUUAUGUGAAUAAUGUUUCUUCUUUCCCUUUCUUUACGUUUCUUUUGUUUGCUUACACACAUAAGAAAAUUAAAUCUUUAAAUAAUAGAUAAUAAACAAAUAAAUCUAUUUCAAAAAUCAAA